AUGCAGGAAAGCAACGAAGGUUAUGAUCCCGUUGAACUGGGAGAGCUAGACAAGAGCAACAUCGAAACAGAAACGGAGAUGAGAAAACGAUUGAUUGAAGGAGUCCAGAAGAACUACGACGAAGUUUGGGGGUUUCAGAUCGUCGGCACGCUAGCGAACCCUCAUGAGACUCACGAAAAGACGGCACCAAUGACGAAUGACGAGGUUGAGUCUGUUGUCAGCGACAUUAGAGAAAUCAAGCGACUUCUUUUCAGCCGCCUUAUCUUAGCCCAGGCGUCUUUGUUGCCUGCGGCUCUUCGAGCUAGUAGCGUAGAAGAGUUCCUCAACGACGCUGAUGUUGCCGAAUCGGACUUGCGUGACCUUUGUUUGAAGGUUGCAGAGCCGGCGUUGCAAGUUAUCAGAGAUGCAUGCGCUGACUUUGCCCGUAGAGAUACGGUGGACGAGGAAAACGAUGAUGUUACUGAUGAUGAGGUUGAUGAGAGUGAAGAAGAUGACGACGAUGAAACAUGGGAAGAGCUUUUUACAGAGAACAGACGGUAUUCGAAGCUUCAUUCUGCGGACUGGUUGUUGCGGAAGUAUCUCAUCAAAAGCGGGCUGCUUCCACCGAAAGAAAGGAAAACUCGACCAAGAAAGACAAAGGUGACAAUUUGCGGCCAAACUAUUUGGAAUCAUGCUAGCGAAAAGGCAAUGUCUCGCGACGGUUGGCUUCAAUUUUCCGUCAUGGCCAAGGAUUGUAGUCUCGAAAAUGCAAUCCAGCUCUGUCGAAAUUGGGCCGAGUUCUCAGACCUGAACCUCCUCACCUUGUGGGAAUUCUUCCCUGCUUCAAACUGGGUCUCCUGGGGAAGCAAUAGGCUCAUCCAACAACUCCAGGAACUCAGUUUCUUCCCUUACUUUCUCGAUUUUGACGCCCAGCAACAUACGCAUCAUCAUCAGGUUGGUGGUCGGAGCCAACUACGGCGUCAGCAUGAUAUAGUUGAAACGCGAAACAUCAUAGUUGGUCACAUGAAGCGCAAUGAUCCUGUGACCCGUCGAUUUCUCCAAUACCUUCUGAUGCGAGCUGGAGAAGUGUUAGUUUUGGUGCGGGACGGCAAGACUGGCCGUGUCAUCACUGCGCCGCCGGAAGAACACCUAUGGACUUAUCGGAAGAAGCAGGGAAUUGGACGGGCUUCAAAGAAUGAAUUCGCGAAUGUGUUGGAGGUCGGCCCCGAGUACUUCGAUAUGCUGGACUCGUUGCGAAAAUGGUGGUUUAGCUUCGAAGACUACUACGACAUCUACAUCUGGGACUUUGCGCCUGGUCAAUCGUCCAUGGAUACCUAUAACGUCAUCAUAAAUGAACUUAAGAAUGCAUGGCGUAUUAGGCAUCCCCGAGACGUAUAUGCACACAUGGAGCCACUUUUGCGAACACUCACCAGGGAAGAUGACACGAUGCGCACACGGCAAAUCAAAGCAGGCGAAGAUGUCCAAACUCUUUGGCACAAACUGAUGGAUGAACGGAACCAAUUUGUGCUCUUUAAUAUUAACGGGGAGACAGUGACGAGUCGCAAUGCGUCAGACGAUAUUGCCGCAUCACCUUACCUGUUUUACAACGAUGCCAACGUUGCUGAGGAUAGGGUAUUGUUUCCGAAUGAUCUGACUUCCGACAAACAAGAUGCGCCAUUUCGAGAGAUGAAGAAUGGGGUCAAUCGCAUUGAGAGCGGAGUUUUACCUAGUACUGUCAAGCAUGUUAUGAGGAAUAUGGCCAGGAUGGAGUUGGAGGACAAUGGCCCUCAAACGGUACCGAGUGCUUUAAAUAACGACAAAGAUGCGCUCUGGGACUUACCGACUAUUUGGGAGUCUGGAAUGAAGCUUCUCAAAAGCGGGAAGCCUAGCGGAGAACGUCGCAAGCUCCUCAACGGAACUGGCAUCGACGCCAAGCAUUUGGGCGCAUCGUUUGAAGAGCGAUUUGGAGAGCAUGAAACCCUGGAAACAAUGGAACGAGAUAGGUCUGCUGAGUUUAAAGAGUCAUUUCAUGAUGGAGACGUCGAACCCGGGAGCAAGGAGAAGUAUUCCGAGGUUCAAGGGAAGAUUGACGCCUUGCUCGGUUGUGAACACUCUGGAUCAACCGACUGGAUCUGGUUCAUCGCAGACACAAUGGACUGGCUUCAGGUGCGCGCAGAUGAUGACGAUUACUCUCCAGACCCGGCCGCACCGUGGCCACACAGCUUCAUCGUUCAGGAUAUUGUCAGAGCUUUCGUAAUCAUGGCUAUGUUCUUUCCGGGACUGGAAGUGACUGAGCUCGUGACGAAACUCAUGGAGUCCACUCCAUUCGAAGAGUUCAAAAAGUCGCCAUUGUUUGAUCCCAAACAGCGGAAGGCGUCACGGCCAGAUAGAAGAGACCCAACAAGCUACAAGUAUCGCUCGAAACAGUUUUGGGCAAAAUGGGACGAGUUCUUCAAAAAGUCAUCUUACUUUGCUGAUAAAUAUCCCUUCGAUUGGAGCUUGGCAAUUCGACCUGUCGUCGCUCAAUUAUAUCGAGCGGGCGUCAUCGCACCGUUAUACGCCCAGAACGACAUGCAAAUUGUCUCCGGAAUAGCCACGGCCAACACCGAGCCACAUCGUCCCGACAAACUUGACCUCUUCAUCAACUACCACGAUCGCUACGGCAACUUCCCCGUCGCCUAUCCUCCUUCAUUCGUUCCUCCCAGUCAAUUUCCCGCAAUGCUCCCUCUCGCCCAGAAGUUUGCCAAAACAAAACCACACGCUCGCUUUGCACUUCUCCGACUCUGGUCGGCACCACACUUCUACCCUCUGAUGGUGGGAUUGCAGAAUAGGCUGGGAACAAGCUUCCUCGAUAGUGUUGGCCGAUCUUGGCAGUGGAAGUUUGUGCCAAAGGACAUGCCUGGAAGUGAGUUUAGUAUUCACCAUACUGUUGGACGAAGGCUGGAUUUGUUCCGGGAGCAGUUUGGGGGCCGGGUGACCCAUCGCGCGGACUUGAUUCUGGUGAUGGCGGAGGAUGUUGAAGAGUUGCUGAAGAUGUGUACGGCUGUUACUUUUGUUAUGCAGACGAAGCCGUGGUUGAGGGAGGUUGAUCUGUGGAAGAGCUUUAUUGAUGUGGAUUUGGAGUUUUUGCAGAAUUUGGAGGAUUUUUGGCUGGAUUGA